UCCUGAAACUGGGUCGGCCCGCGGGCCUCGUCAGCCGGGUCGCUGCGGUUUAGAGGAGGAUCAAACGCUCUCAGGCGGGGCGCAUAAAAAUGCCUGCUGUUUAUACCGGCCCAUCAGAACCGGGCAGGACGCCACAGACGCACAUCUCGCCUGAAAUCCAGCUGAGCCCUGGGAACCCAGCAGAACAGAACCGGACCAAUCAGAGAAAAACAGAACCAGCAUGUUUCCAGCAGCUAACGGCUCCAGAGUGACGGUUGUUGGCGCCGUCGUCAUGGUAAUGAUGUUGAUGAUGGCGGAGGUGGAGUCGAAGCAUCCCAGGAAACGCUCCGACGGCUCAGCCGAGCAAACCGUGUCUCUGCGCCUGGACCCGGACCUGCUGCAGCCCAUCAGGAUCCCGCGGCCGCUGCACAACGCCUCCAUCUCGCCCUGGACCUACAACACGUCCCACGACGAGUCUCUGUUCCCGCCCACGCUGUCGGAGGCGCGCUGCCUGCUGAAGGGCUGCCUGGACCUGGAGGGGAAGGAAGACCAGAACUUGCAGUCCCGACCCAUCUGGUACCAGGUGAUGGUUCUGAAGCGGGUCAGGACGGAGGGGGCGGAGCAUAGCUACCACUACCGCCUGGAGACCCGCAACGUCCCCGUGGGCUGCACCUGCGUCCGGCACAUGGUCCACGUCCAGGAGUGAAUCCGGGUCCAGAACCGGGUCCAGAACCAGGUCCAGAACCUCUAGUUCCGAGUCGUUGGCUUCUCUGAAGUUUUGCAUCAAAUUGUAUAAACUGACCACUAAGUUUUGCGCCAGGAGGCGUCCCGCCUGGAUGGUGCUUAUUUAAGUUUAUUUAAUAGUUUGUGGCCUUCAGCAGAUAUUUAUUAUUAUUACUGAUGUAUUUAUUAUCCUCAUCAAUAAAGUUCAGACACUGAAUGAUCCUGAUUCUUUAUUCUUCAGAAUAUAUUUCUGCACAUGUCCUUUAACUAGGCCGAUGGAUAAGAGCAGCUGCAUCCAUCAUCAAUCAUCCAUCAUCAUCCAUCCAUCCAUCCAUCAUCC